AGUUUUUGUGUAGUUGAGUAGUUUGUUGUAGUUUGUAGUUUAUUGCUGUUGUUUCUUUGUGUGUGCGUUUUUCGUGUGUUUCUUUGAGUUUUUCAGCUCCCACCCGGUGGACGAGCCCUCGGAGCUGAUGGCUGACAAGGCGAAGGUGCCCGCGCCGCAGUCAGACGCCAUCGCAACAGCAGAACUCCUGUCACGCAUGACGGAGUUGUGCUCGUUGGUGGUUCAACGCCUGGAUGCCGGGUCGGUUUCCCCGCCGCAGGCACAAGCACCUCUACGACUCAACUUACCGGUCCCGUUGUGCCAAAUAAGACUUGACCACCUCUGGUACAUGCUCAAGCAGAACUGGCCGACAUCCUGUUGUGAAAAGCGAGCUCUUGGAUGUGGCACCUGACAGGACGUAUGCUUGCAGGGGACCGGAAUUUGAGGAAACAGAGCUAGGAAGUCGAGGCAGAAGAAAUGAAUAAGUCUCUGAAGGUACGGCACGUGAUGGCUCUGUAGUUUCCUGCUCAUUAUAAGUUCCACGAUCUCACGCAGUAGGAGGUACAGCUCCCAGGCACUGUCUGAAGAUGGCACGGAGUCGCCAAUGAACACACUGAAAGAUGCUGUGACUGCAUCGGCCGUCUUGGCACCGCACGUUAGGGAUGAUGACAGGUUUCAGAUACUUGACAGUGACUUCAAUCAGUACUUGGACCUGGCUGACGGCGACGAAAUAGUGAAUAUGGCAACUGUCCGAGUCUUUCGCCCAUGUGCGUCGCCUGCCCCAACCACAGAGCAUAAUCAAGCUGCGAGCGUGCCAGAUUCUGUGCCAAGUACAUCUGGCACUAGAGCCGAUUCCACUGGAAGCGGAGGCGGCAUACGUGAAGUUAUGCAUGACGUGACUGACCAUGAUGGCAGAAGCUAUACACUCCCGCAGUUUGGACCACUUCAUGCACUGCUAAGGUCUGGUGCUCCCCUCACAUCUAAAGUGCACAGGAAAGUGAUAAACACCCUCUACCAGUCCAUGAUAAAGUGCAGCAUAACUCCAAGUAGGAGAUUCUACUCAAAAGUGGUGUCUCUGCUGUUGGAGAGUUAUCCCUUGCUAGCUGAUGUUGUAGGGACAGGACACGAAUCCUGGGUUGCCUCCCUGUCAACCAAAUUCAAGAAUGAACGGCGCAAGAUAAUGGAUGAUGAAAGGGUCACAGCCAACAGGCUCAAGUAUGGGGGACGGGCAAAAAGGAAGUCUGACGAAGACAGUGCCAAUAACGCUGGGGAGCUCAAAAGGCGGAAGCUACAUAUCGACAGUGCCACUCAAAGCAGUGCCUCUCAUGUGACUGGCGAAGAUAGUAACAGUACUAGAGACCAUGAGGAGUGGCUCCUCAAAGAAUACAAAAAGGAGUCUCCCAAUGAAGAGCUGAUUGAUGUGAGAAUGGCUCUUACUAUGAGAGAGAGAACUGCAUCCUUAAUAAGACUUCCGGUUCCUGUCAGCAAGCAGACGUACCCAUAUCUGAUGGAUGCCAGAAGGUUUUUCAAAGAAUUUGAAAGAAGAUACAAUCAGGAUCCUCUCGAGGGGACAGGCACUGCUCUGCAUCAACUCCGUGAACUUGUGAUCCAGCGUAAAAUAAAUUGUACAGACGACCUCAGAGAGAGUCUAAUUGCUGAUCAAGACAUGGAAGGCAUUGGCGAGACACGUAGAAAACACAUCCUGGAUGUUCACGCCCUUAAGUUCCUCAGCACCUGUGUAAAGGAAAGUGAGGCCAUCGAAAGCAUGUUCGUGAGAGAUGACCAAGAGCUCAUUGUGCAUCCAUGUGUGGUGUACACUGGAAAUUCCAUCGAGGGUGCACAGCACAUGUUCCUGUACGUGGACAAGGUGUGCCUCUUCCGUGUCACUGACCUGAAGCAGGGGACAGCAGCCAUCAUUUCAGCAUACUGGCUUUAUAACAUAGAGUACAGUCCAAAGCCAUUCAACACACUGUGCACACUGGAAAGGCUUUGCCUGAAAGUAUCGGAAACCCGUGCAAGAACACCAGUUAUCAAGUUUUUCAACUGCUAUGGGAAGGAACUUGCCUACAAACAAAGCUGAGUGUGUAGCUGUGGUGUGAACACUUUGUUUUCCCUUCAUUCAAAUUUUACGUGACCGCUUUCGAACAACGUUUACUUGUGAAUUUGAUUAUGCCAGUACGGCUCUAACAUUGGAGUGGACAUCAUUCAUGCUCACCAUUUUAAUUAUUUUGAGUUGAACUCAGGCCAGCUGCCUUGCAGUGUGAAAGCGUUUGAAGUGACAUUUCUAAUAUUGGCUUCCCACGAUUGAGCUCAACACGGUUCGCUUUUCAUGUGAGUUGGGCGAUGGCUUGCUCAGGCCUGAAAUCUGUGUGCCUCGGUAUAGUUAUGCAAGGUGAACCAUAUUGCGCAGAAAUCCAGAGACACAUUUCCGGUUGAAGGCUAGGCAUAUUUGGGUGUUUUAUUUUUAUUUUUACAUUGGCAGUGAAAGCACCACAGUUCACACAUUUAACACACGAUUCCAUUCACUCACGACUGGGCUAAAUUAAUGUUGAUGGAAUUGUAUUAUUCUGCUGGGCUGUUGCUUCUGGCAGGACUCCUAUACCUUACCGAUAACAAGGAAAGGAAACGUGUCAUGAUAGAGGAAGACACACGAAAGCACACAAAGAGGCCACAGACUUCCCGCAAAGCACGUCCUCGAAAAGGUGGCAUUGUUGACUAAUCCGUGAAAUUCCGUGCCAUUUGCUCAUCACAGAUUACAAGACACCUUGCAUGAUUUUGCACAGGUAUAACAUUUCAAUGUGGAACUUAAUAUGUGCGUGACUCACAGGUUUUAGAAGCUGCAACCUUGUGCUUUUGUAGAAAUUUUACUAUGUUCUACUGUUUAUGUAAAACUUCAAAUAAUGCCAUGAGGACUUCAUGUGCAUUUCAUCUAGUCCUCUGAUGUUGCAAUACUAUUGUUUAUUUUGAGUAGUUUUCAGCUGUUUGCUUCUCAGUUCAGGUGAAUUUUUAUUUUCUGACCUUGAGUUAAUAUGCUCUCCCUAGCCAAUAAUCCAAGUUUCAGUAUAUAUAGCUGGACCUUCUUAAUGCACCUGCAAUGCUGAAGUGAAGUU